AUUGGUGAAGGAUCGUACGUAAGAGGAUCGUCAGAUUGUUUGCAGUACCGAAACGUCCAAUAAAAAUAAGAGAUCAGGCCAAAAACCCGGCAGCAUUUGCCAUGAUCCAAUAUUAAGGCCAUAUCAGUGGGCAGUUCGGAAGUGGCCGAGCUCCCCUUCUCCGACUAAUAGGACAGAUCAUGGUGCGCAGCCGAAGGAAAUAAGGCGAUAAGACCGUUCUACAAAAUUGUUCAACCCCCAAGUUCUAGAGAACUAUAGAUCCGCAGACUCUCAUUAUACAUUGCAUAAACAAACACUUCACAUCAUGACUUCCAUUGCUGACGAAAUCGAAUACAAGCUCGACAACGUCGAGGUCGCAACGAUUCGUCCAGACGACAUUAACAAGACUUUCCGUUCAACAUGCAUUGAUCUUAUCUCCAGUGGUCUCGGUGGCCGAGUCCUUGGCUACUCUGACCAAUGGUUCUGUGAAGCGUCUAACCUGUUGAACCCCAGAGCUCCGAUUGCUCAGCCAGGUAAGAUGGUCUUCACAGGUGCUUGGUAUGAUGGUUGGGAGACUCGACGACACAAUCAGGAGCCAUUCGACUACGCCAUAAUCAAGUUGGGCGUCGCCUCCGGCACGAUUGAAGGGGUCGAGAUCGAUACAGCCUUCUUCAACGGAAACCAUGCUCCUGCUAUCUCUGUUGAGGGUAUCUUCAGCCAAGAUGACGACAAAGUUGUUUCAUGGGGAGGAGGCCGAGGAGAAUGGGAGACCAUCCUCGGGAUCCAGGAGUGUGGUGCUUCUCAGCGAUUUGCCUGGAAGCUCAAGACUCCUAGCCGAAAGGCAUACACACAUGUGAGGCUCAACAUGUACCCCGAUGGCGGUAUCGCACGAUUCCGUCUCUAUGGGCACGCCGUCCCUGUAUUCCCUGAAGACAAGGAUGCCAUCUUCGAUCUUGCUGCAGCUCAAAACGGCGGUGUUGCUGUGUCGUGCAGCGACGAACACUUUGGAACCAAGGACAAUCUUAUCAUCCCUGGCCGAGGAAAGGAUAUGAGCGACGGUUGGGAGACAAAGCGAUCACGAGGAAAGGAUCAUACAGACUUCGCCAUCAUUAAGCUCGGUGCCCCUGGAUACAUCGAGAAUUGGGUUGUUGAUACUGCGCACUUUAGAGGCAACUACCCUCAAAAGGUCUCAAUUGAAGGUUGUGAGUGGACAGGCCAUGGCGAUCCUGUCGCAGAUGCCACAGCCUGGAGAGUCUUUGUACCCCCUAGCAAGACGGGACCCGAUCAGGAGCAUCAGUUUGAGAGUGAAGAGAAAGAGAAGAAGGCCCUGGUAACCCACGUAAAGCUUAUCAUGAUUCCUGAUGGUGGAGUGAAGCGACUGCGGGCAUUUGGCAAGCGAGCAGUCUAGGGUACGUGACGAAUGAACUUUGGAUAUGUUCGUGAUGAAUACAAAUGAAAUAAAUUGGCAUAAGCUAAGAUUGGCAUGUAUUGGAUAUCAUCUUACUGUUGGGUGGAUACACAUCAAUCUCAAACAAUUCGCUUCUUAUUUCACGCAUCACAAACAUUAGCUGCCAUGUCUAUGGAUCAUGUCGGUUUUAUUUGAAGCAGAGACCCUAUGAAAUACCGGAUUGGGUGCAAAGCUAUAUCCAGUAAUGCUGUGGCUGUACCUCGGUGACGACAUGUGUUGUAUGUGUAGAGGUGAUAAUUAACGUUGGGUGGUAUAUCUUAGCGGAGCUGCUCCAAAACCU